GGCGUAGAUGGUUCAUUAUUGGGGAGAAUUGGGAUCUGGAGUAAUAACUGGGGAAGAACCGGCUAGGGAAUGAGGGAAUGCUUGUCAAAUAAAUGAAUUUACCCAAGCCCCCCCUUCGACACCUCCACUCGCCCACUUCGUUAUCCCGCUCUGCUCUCAGAGAGAAGCUUCAACAUUCUCAGUUGGUCUCAAUUGAUAACGUGCUUGCUGCUCUCAUCUAGUUUGAGUGUCCAUUCGAUCAAUUGGCCCGUAUCGACCUAUUGGAGGUAUAUUCCUCGCUCUACUCAAAUGGCGACCAAGAAACGGGCGAGCGGUGCCGCCAAAGAGAAAGCCAACGGGUCAGCGAAGAAGGCUACGGGAACGCAGCUCGGAGAGUCGGAGAAGACUGGAAACGGUCGUGCGAUUCCGACCGAUCCCCAGGCCGACAAAACAGACUAUUCGCGCUGGCGGAUGCUGGACGACGGUGGUCGACAGACAUGGCAAUACCUGAGGACCGACGAGGAGGUCGCCAAAUGGCCGCAAACUGCCGCGGAUAAAUACUUCCUGGGCUUGGACACGGGAGCACCGGAAGUUCCACCUGCGAAAACCCCCAUUGCCUCCGUGAACAACGCCCUCUCCUUCUUCUCCCGUCUCCAGUCGGCAGGAGGGAGCUGGGCCUGCGAAUAUGGCGGCCCGAUGUUCCUCUUGCCGGGCCUCGUCAUCACCUGGUACGUCACGGAGACCCCGAUCCCCGCGGAACAUGCCAUCGAGAUGAAGAACUACCUCUUCGCGCGACAACACAAGGUGGAUGGAGGGUGGGGCCUACAUAUCGAGGGAGAUAGCUCCGUGUUCGGCACGUCGAUGAACUAUACGUGCCUCAGAUUGCUCGGUGCGGAUCCAGAAGACCCGCGAAUGGUCAAGGCGAGGGGAACCCUUCAUAAAAUGGGCGGCGCGAUCUAUGGACCGCACUGGGCCAAAUUCUGGCUGAGCGUUCUGGGCGUUAUGCAAUGGGACAUUGUCAAUCCUGUUCCUCCGGAAUUAUGGCUUCUCCCCGACUGGACUCCGAUCUCGCCAUGGCGAUGGUGGAUCCAUAUGAGAAUGGUCUUCCUCCCCAUGUCAUUCGUCUCCUCGAAGAAAUGGUCAUAUCCUUUGACUCCGCUUACCGAGGCUCUCCGGAAAGAGCUGUUCCCUCAGCCAUAUGAGUCGAUUAAAUGGUCGAGCAAUCGGAACAGCAUCAGCAAGUUGGACGAAUACUACCCGAAAUCCUGGCUAUUGAACACCGUCAAUACCGUUUUUGUGAACAUCUGGAACCCGUUCCUUCGGAUCAAUCGGAUCAAGAAAGCAGCCGAAGACUGGACGUGGAAGUUAAUCCAAUACGAGGACCUCAACACUGGCUUUGCCAAUCUUGGACCUGUCAACGGUCCGAUGAAUUUGCUCUCUUGCUACAUCCAAGAAGGCUCCGACGCCGAGUCCGUCAAGCUGCACCGUGAACACAUGGAAGACUUCCUGUGGGUCAAAGACGAAGGCAUGCUCAUGAACGGCACCAAUGGCGUGCAAUCAUGGGACACCGCCUUCGCCAUGCAAGCCAUCGUGUACGCCGGCCUCGGCGAGGAUCCCCGCUGGCAGCCCGUCGUUCGCAAAGGCCUCGCAUUCCUCGAGACGCAGCAGAUCCGCGAGGACGCCGUCGACAUGGAGAAGUGCUACCGCCACCCUCGCAAGGGCGCCUGGGGCUUCAGCAACAAGCUCCAAGGCUACGCCGUCUCCGACUGCACCGCUGAGGGCCUCAAAUCCGUCAUCAUGGCGCAAGCCCUCCCCGGGAUCCCCGAGCUCAUCUCCCACGAUCGCCUCCGCCAAGCCGCCGACAUCCUCCUCACCUAUCAAAACGCCGACACCGGCGCCUGCAGUUCGUACGAAACCCGCCGCGGCGGCCACUGGCUGGAGCUGCUCAACGCCGCCGAGGUGUUCGGCAAUAUCAUGGUGGAAUACGACUAUCCCGAAUGCACGACCGCGGUGGUGAUCGGCCUCACGACGUUCCGCAAGUUCGAUCCGGACUACCGCACCGCCGAGAUUGAGAAGCUGAUUACGCGCGCGGUCGCGUGGAUCCGCACCAACCAGCGCCCCGACGGCAGCUGGUACGGCUCCUGGGGCAUCUGCUUCACGUACGCGGGGAUGUUCGCGCUGGAGGCACUGGCGGCGAUGGGGGAGACACACGAGAGCUCGGAGGCGGUACGGCGGGGGUGCGCGUUCUUGAUGGGAAAGCAGCGCGCAGACGGCGGGUGGGGCGAGUCGUAUAAGAGCUGCGAGGACCAGGUGUGGACGGAGCACGAGAACACGCAGGUGGUGCAGACGUGCUGGGCGGUCAUCGGGCUAAUGUACGCGGAGUAUCCCGACAAGGAGCCGAUUGAGCGCGCGUUGCGGAUGGUGAUGCGGAGGCAGCAGAAGAAUGGGGAGUGGUUGCAGGAGGCGAUCGAGGGGGUGUUUAAUAAAAGCUGCAUGAUUUCGUAUCCGAAUUACAAGUUCAUCUUCCCGAUCAAGGCGCUCGGGAUGUACGCGGAGAAGUAUGGCGACGUGCCACUGCUUUGAACGGUUCUAAUCGGAGCUGACGACUGCUGUUGUCCCUAUGCAACAGCGUGCAUUGGAUGGCUCACUUCAUUUAUUCCCAUAAUGCUUAAUGAGACUGCGCCGCUCUUACUCGCUAUGGAUAUAGCGGUAUAUAGGUUCAUAGUCGAAUACGAAGAUUUACAAUCGCGAUUACGC